GAUUCAAGCCAAACAAAUAGUUUCAAAAUGAAACCAUUAAAUAAAAGAGUUUUUCAAUUAUUAGUAAAAAAUACACGUCAGUUGAAUUCAUCAAACGUUUCAUCAAGUGUAAAUCAUACUAUUGCAGUUCAAGAAAGAAUUAAAGAAAAAAGAAAAGAUGCUUUACUAGGUGGUGGUCAAAAGAAAAUCGACGCUCAACAUGCUAGAGGGAAGUUAACAGCUAGAGAACGAAUUCAAGUUUUUUGUGAUGAAGGUACAUUCAGUGAAUAUGACAUGUUCAUGGAACACACAUGCACCGAUUUUGGAAUGGAAAACAUGAAAUUCACAGGAGAUUCCGUAAUAACUGGUCAUGCAAAGGUUAAUGGUCGACCAGUUUACCUAUUUAGCCAAGAUUUUACAGUGUUAGGAGGUAGCUUGUCAAGUGUACAUGCACGAAAAAUUACGAAAAUAAUGGAUCAAGCAUUGUUAGUUGGAGCACCUAUCAUUGGAUUGAACGAUUCGGGAGGAGCACGUAUUCAGGAGGGUAUAGAGUCUUUGAUUGGUUAUUCUGACAUUUGUACUCGAAAUGUACUUGCUUCAGGAUUUAUACCACAAAUAUCGCUAAUUAUGGGGCCAUGCGCAGGCGGAGCUGCUUAUUCGCCAGCCUUAACUGAUUUUACAUUCAUGGUAGAAGAUACGUCAUAUUUGUAUGUAACAGGUCCUGAUGUUAUUAAGUCGGUUACAAACGAGGAUGUCACCCAUGACGAACUAGGAGGUUCCAAAGUUCAUACAACAAUGUCAGGAGUAGCCCAUAAUUCUUUUAAAAAUGAUGUGGAAGCAAUACUUCAAGUACGAAAUUUACUGAGCUAUUUACCACAAUCAAAUAAAGAACCUCCCCCUCUUAGAAUUUGUACAGAUCCCGUUGACGAUGAUGUUCCAUUUUUGGAUUCAGUAAUUCCGUAUAAUGCAAGUGAUCCUUAUGACAUGUAUGAUAUAAUUUACGCAAUUGUUGAUGAAAAAGAAUUUUUUGAAAUAAUGCCGCGAUAUGCAUCAAAUAUUAUUGUUGGAUUCGCUCGUUUAGGUGGACGUACUGUAGGAAUAUUUGCCAACCAACCAAAAGUUGCUGCUGGAUGUUUAGAUAUUAAUUCGUCGCUAAAAGCUUCUCGUUUUAUAAGAUUUUGUGAUUCGUUCAAUAUUCCACUGGUAUCAUUUGUAGAUAUACCUGGAUUUUUAGCUGGUACACAGCAAGAAUUUUCCGGUAUAAUUAAACAUGGUGCAAAAAUGUUAUAUUCCAUAUUCGAAGCCACUGUACCAAAAUUGUCUGUUAUCACUCGAAAAGCAUAUGGAGGUGGGUUUGCUACAAUGUCAUCACAAAGCGAUAUUACCUAUGGAUGGCCCACGGCAGAAGUAGCUGUAAUGGGUAGUAAAGGCGCUGUUUCAGUACUGUAUCGUGGAAACGAUAAUAUGACUGAAAUGGAAAAUGACUAUAUUAAAAAAUUUAGUAAUCCGUUUCCUGCAGCUGUUCUUGGCUAUAUAGACGAUAUUAUUGAGCCAAGAACAACACGCUGGCGAUUAAUUCGUGAUUUAGAAUUAUUAGUAAGUAAAAAAGUGAAGCUUCCGACCAAAAAACAUGGAAUUAUUCCGAUGUAAAUUUUUAUUAAUUUUUAAUUAAGUUUGAAAAAGAUUCACAAAAAACGACCCUUAACACAAACAAAAAAUUGGAUAAGCGCUAGUUGUACUUGUACCAACAAUUCCCCGAACUACAAUUUUUAUAUUAUGGUCCACAAAUAGUGCUAAUGUGUCCAAGCAGUCCUUCAUAGAAGCUGGAGCUUAAUUAAUAAAAUAUAAUUUUUUUACUUGUCUAAGCUUAAGUAAUUCAUAACGGUUGCUCUCUCAAGGCCUUAACAGCAAAUUCACAAAAGUUAAAUUUUUCCAUGUAAUAGUACCACCCAUUACUUACUAUUGUUGCAUACUAACCCGUGUAUUCCUUCAAAAUUACUAAAAUAUACAGAGUAAUAACUACUCUGGAAAUAUUAUGCUUUAACAGAAGAGCUUCUAUUUUUACGGGAAGUUUUAAAACAAGGAUUUCUACUCCAAUGUAAACAAUUGACCUCAUUUGUUAAGAUAUAUCAUUUUCAUCAUAGAUAGUAAGUGAAUGGCUAGACUCAAUAAAUUCACUGUUGAUACUUUUUUUGUAACCAACUGCGAAAAUACUCGGUACUAAAUGAAAAAAAGUCGCCCUAUUAGCUCAGUUGGUUAAGGCGUAACCAAUU